AUGGCUCAGGAACCUUACACGCGAGACGGAAUUGCAGUGGGAUUUCCAUUGCAAUGGACAAUUUAUCAACAAGGAAAUGUAGAAUAUCCUCCUAGGGCCAUUAUUAUUAACUGCAACAAAAAAUGGUCUCCGGCUAUCGUAGCAAUUGAACGCGAUAAUGUUGCAAUCAUUAUAGAAGCACAAGAAGCAUCUUUACUGUUUAUCUCACAAUACUCUCCUCCUUCUGCAGAUAUUUUGGCUACUACACAGUUUCUUACAGAUACCCUGCAAAAGAUUAAAAUUCCUCUUAAAAUAAUUACAGGCGAUUAUAAUGCCCACAACACGGUUUGGGGGUAUGCUUCUACGAAUGACAAAGGAAGCCUUCUGGAGGAUUUUCUGUCUGCUAAUCAUCUUGUUUUACAUAACACAGCAGACGCUCCUCCGACAUAUGACAGAAUCUACGCACAAGGCUGGCCUGAUUUGACGGUCAGCUCAGCCUCAGCUGCGCCAUUAAUACAAAACUGGAGGGUUAAUGAUGAAAUUAGCUUAAGCGACCAUCGUUACAUUACUUUCUCAAUAGAGCAACCGACGACAAUUAAUAUUAUUCGUCGUUACAACCUACCUGGUAGGCGUAAACGUGCUUUUACUACUAGAGUCAAGAAUUUGUUUGAAGGUAUUGAACAACAGCUAACUCAAGCGAACUCUAGAGACGAAUUGGAGAAUUUCACAGUGACUCUACAAAAGUGUAUACAGCAAGCGUGUGAUGACAUAUUGCCACAGCGUAGUACUAAAAAACUGACUACGAUCAAUUGGUGGAGUAGUGAACUUCGUAUUCAGCAGAGGCAAUGUCGCGCAUUACGUCGAAGGUUAAAGACUGAGCGUAGACUAAACCUUCCAGCUAAGACCCUCCCAAUUUAUCAACAGGCAAGAGCGAAGUACAAAACGUUCAAUUUUGCAGGCUAA